AUGAACAAAUUGGUUGGAUUCCCCGAGGAAGAGGUCGACAAGGAGGUCAACAAGGAGGAGUUUGGCAAUGAGGAGGUUGACCUCUUCAACCAAUCAGACCAGGAACCAGAUGAGGAUAGCCGAUCCAAAGACGGCCAUCCUGAAGGAAACGCCGGUGCGGAUUCGGAUGACAUGGAUGCCGACCGAGAUCCGCAAGGGAACGCAAAGGAGUGGUUCCUUCCGAAUCUGGAGGAUAACUUUGACACCUACAUUGAUCACGGGUGUAUCCUUGACAAGCAAAGAUAUCCAAUCUACGCCAACGGAAAGACGGUCUUCAACAUUGUCAAGCAACAAGCGCAGGAUCAAUAA